GACAAUAUAAUGAAUCACAAGGGUCCAUAAUAUCCAACAUGAACGAAAACAUAAGAAAAAUCUUCGUGGCUGUGGCCUCUGCGAAGGUCCUCUCGCAAACAUGGCGAGAGAAGAAAAGGAAGAAAAUGGACGACAAUCAUGGCAGUAUUGAUAUAUGUAGAGGCCAAGAAAUCGUCGUCCUAGUCGAGGAAGCCCAACGAGACCUGAUAUUAGUGACCUACAAUCAUGGCACUCAAGUUUUCCAGGGUGUUUUACUCGAUUCUUCGAAAGGGCAACUCCCGUGUGGUAUAUACCCUCCUGGGGGUGAGUUUCCUCCAAAACCACCACCUGACCUGAGUGUAACUGACAAUGAUGAUAAACUUUAUUCAGUCAAGCAAAGACACACUUAUUUCCAGCAAGAUGGAACACUACCAGAAGGAAAUUCUAAAGAUAAAAAGGGCGUACAACUUAGAAAGUCAAUUUCACUCACACAGCGUUUCAAAAAUUCAAGAAUGACAGUGCGACUAAGACCAAGACAAGUGUUGUGUUCAAAAUGUCAGUCAAUCUGUAAUGAGAAAUCUGAAAAUGUUAGUGGAGCAAAAGGGCAAAGGGCAACGGAGCCCCCAACUGCUGCUAAAAAUUCUAAUGAAAAUUCACGAGGGAACACCAGGAGCGCACGAGAUAGGGGUAAUCAGGAACAGCAAGAGUCUAAUUCAUCUCACAGUAGGAGGUCGGAAAGAUCGCCUCAAAAAAGUGUUAUGCUAGUCCCAAAAUUAGUUAAAUUAAAACCUAGUGAAAUUGAAGCAGCCACAAACAGAAGAAGUCCAUCCACGCGAGGUACCCGCAGUGAUUCAGAUUCCUGUGAUAAUGAAUCGAAUAUGGGUGUGAUUUCAAAUUCGGCAUAUUCCGUUUUAGAGAAUAAUAAUUCAAGCGAGGGUAAGGUUCCAAAACUGAAACUUUCUACAAACAUAUGUACAGCAUCAGAAUCUCAGGAAGGUAAGAAAAAAGGUCGUAUUCCCAAAAUGACCAUAUCGACCCUUGCCAUAUCACCUCCAAGACACGAAGCUUCCAAAGACAGUGAUAAGGUAAGUGAUGCAAAAAAUUUAAGCAUACCAAAAAUGAUAUUAUCGACAAGUGGAAUAGUUUCAGAAUAUGUCGGUGAUAAAAAAGAUAAAGAGAAUACUAAAAUUAGGAAAGAAAGUGGUGACUCACGUACAGAUGCCAAGGAAUUAAGGUUAAGGUCAGGUAACAUACACAAGCUGACAAUAACAGCAGCAGGACAAGGUUACAGUGAGUCAUUAAAUGAUCGCUUAUCCCCUAUUCCAAAAUUAACUAUAUUACCCGUAGUGCAAAAGAAAGAAGUUCAGGAAGACAAAGAAGCAUCUGAAAUGAAGCAUAGCAAAGUGGUGAAGAGCCAUUCUGAGGAAAUUCCAUCAGAGAAGAUGAGUCUAAGGAAAAAACGUUCCCUUGGUUCAAUGGAAGAUUUGUGGGAUGAAAGUGUAUUUGAUGAAACCGCUAAAAAACACAGAAGAGAGGAUUCUGAAGAGGAGAAAUCACAAGAGGCAGUUAAGCAGGGGUGUGAGGAAAAGGAAUCUUUAGAAGGAGAAAAACCAAAAUCAACACCUGUACUAAAAAUUUCUUUUGGUCCCGAAGGAAAGGGUACUGUAUUAAAAAUACCCUCAAAGAGUACUGUUGUUAGCUUGAGUACACCUGAAGUAGAGACAGAAGAAGAAAUUUCAAAGAAAUCAAAAGACAUGAGUGCCAAAGCAGCAAGAAAAGCCCUUAAGAAAGCCAAAAAAGAAGCCCAGAGAAAGGCUAUGAUGGGGAAUGCAUCGCCUGCAUCAGUUAUGGGUGGAAUGUCUCCAAGAUUUGGUGGCAUGUCUCCUCUGAGGCUAGGGGGUGUGUCUCCAGCAAGAUUAGGUGGAUUUUCUCCAGCUAGAUUUGGGGGAACUUCUCCAGCAAGAUUUGGGGGCAUGUCUCCUGCUCGAGCAGCAGCUGUAGACCUAUCAACACGCGAUUUACCAACUAAAAAGCACAAACAUAAAGUGAAGCACAAAAAGAAGCACAAAGAUGAGCGUCGACAUAAGUCCCAAGAAGACACCAAAGUCCCGGUUGAUGUCAAGGGCGAAAAUAAAGAUUCAUCUUGUCCUCCAGAUUCUACAGAUGCAGAUAUCCCCAUUGAAAACAUAACUCCAGAUGAUGCAUGGAAUGCUUCAGAGGCCAGAGAGGGAGCUGUUGACUUGACAAAUCCCAAUCAGGCUAGACAGAUGCCAAAUUCAAAAGUAGUUGCUCAGCCUAGUACAACAUUACAGCACUUUCGUCAUAAACUUUCCAUAUCCAUUAAGAGAGUAAGCAAUGCUAGUUAUGUUGCUUGUGACUCCAGCCAUUCAGAUGGGGAAAGAACUGUCACACCAACUAGUAAUAGUGCUCAGGAAGAUAAGGAUAAGUCGCCAGUAUUGAAAAGUACAGCAGAAAAUACUGUGCUUGAAAGAACUACAGAUAAUUUGGAAGCAAACGAAUAUUCCAAAAUUUCAUUGCCAGAUACAAAUGUAUUUCAAGAAUUGGAAGAGGAAAAGAAAUAUUUGUCUGUGAUGGAAUGCCCUGAAAAUUAUAGCAAUGACAAUUUUUCAGCUAAUACAUACAGGAUGGAAACGCCUGAGCCAUCUCUUCCUGGGAGUGAUUCUCCUGGUAGUGAUGACCCAUGUAAUGGGGCCAUUCCAGAUUUUCCCAGUCGGGCUCCAAGUAUUGAGGAGAUGAGCCACACCAGUGCUUCCCUUCUCAUGAAGCUGAGCUGGCAAGAAGUGAAUCAUUGUAAUGUGUCUGACGGAAGAAUAAUGAAGAUUGGAGAUGUUGUAUGGGGCAAGAUUCACGGCUUUCCUUGGUGGCCAGCUAAGGUCAUUGCGAUACGAAUCUUGCGAGAAGUUAAUGGAGAGACCAAGUGGCAGCAGGCACAUGUCAGUUGGUAUGGUUCUUCCACUCAAUCACUUAUGCCUGCUGAUACGUUGCAGCCUUUUCUUCAGAUGUUUAAGGUUCGAUAUAAUAAAAGAAAGCGGGGACCUUACCGAGAAGCUAUCAAACAGGCGACGUGUGAGGCUGAACAGACAUCAGUUGAUCCUUUAAUGUCCCUUCAUAUUGACCACCAUCAGGGACACCUUCCUUUACAACACCAGUCUCAGGUCCAGCUCAGAACAAGUACUCAAGUAUUGAACCAGAAGUACUUAAAACCUUUGCAGUUAAACCAACAGUAUUUAGGUAAUCCACCUCAACAAAUUUCACCUCCAAUACAGCCACAUUCAGCACCAGUAAGUCAGCAACCUCAUCAGCUACAGCACCAACAGCCACAGAUGCAGCCACAGCAGCAGCAACAGCAACAGCAGCAGCAACAGAAGACCCCAGAAAAUCUACCUGUCCUUAGCGCCUCCCCACGUGAAGUAGAUGUUGUUAGCUGAGACAUAAAUAUGGAAAAAAUGAGGCUUGAUUUUGCCUCAGUUUUGGUUAUUGAAGCUGGACUUUAGCUUUAAAGAUUAGAGUUUCUUAUAAUAUAUAUAGAGAAAAUUUUAUCAGGGUAUUAUGUUUAAUGCAUUGUUCCUUACAAUGGUAUAUAUUUGUUCUGGUGCUUGUGAAGAGAGAAUUAGUACUGUACUUUACAGUUAAAACUGGGUUCAAUUCCACAUAGCUAAUGUAUUUUCAUUUCCUUCAUUGUUUUCCAUUACACAUUUUAAAAUUUAGGUAUAUCCAAAAGCUAUCCCUCAAAAGGAGGAAUUAUUGUUUUUUUUUUCUUGUUGAAAUAUUUUAUCUUUUAUUUUGCUACCUUUUUAUUCUGUAAAUUGUACUUAUGUACAGGAUACAGUAGAUAAAUAUUUUAUGAGGGUGCAAACACUCUCUAAUGGGGCAUAUCUCGAGUUAUGCCUCUUGUAUUAAAGUGUAAAUAAUUUUUCAUAUUAAACUUAAGUAUGGAAAAGAAUUUGUAUAAUGGCUUUCACGCAUAUAUAUUUAAUUUUCUUUUUCAGAUUUUAUCAGCUUUAAUUUACAGAAGUGAAUAAGUUUGCAUAGUUUGUCCUUGCAUUGUAUACAGUGAUAACAUUUCAGGAAGCAAUAGUUUUCCAUUGUUGAGGAUGAAGGUUUGGUCAUCUUGUUAACGGAGUCACUUUUUAUUUAUUUUUUUAAGACCUUUUUUUCCUUGUCCAGUUGGUAUAUUACUUGAGAGAGAAUUACCAUUGUUAUUUCAUAAAGCAUUGCCAUAUAUUUCUUCUGUAUAGUUAUGUUAGACUACAGGUACUUUCACUUUAGGCAGUUUUAAUGUUGUGCCAUCCAUAAAAUACAGUGCAGUUGUUUUGUACAUUAGAUAGUGCAAAAAAUACCUGUGUUAAUGAGUCAGAAGUGAUAUUUUUCUUAAUAUGACAGCGUUACCAUCCUGCAACCACAAACCAUUACUAUUUGCCCAUACUGUGAUCCUCUUUUAGAUUGUCCUCGGGUUAUACUCACAAAUAACAGUCUCGUGAAAAUUAGUCUUUAAUAUCAGCUCUGUGCAGUAUUUUUUCAAUAGUUCUAGUAUUUUUUCCCCUGUGUAUAGUUCUUACUGCUAACACAAACUAGGUCUUUUUACUCUUCAGAAAAUCAUUCUUGAAAAGAAUUGUUUGUAAAAAGUUUCUAAUUACAUUCACUUUAUUUCCUUACAUUAGGGAAAUUUUGGAAAAUAUACACUAUAGUUACAAAGUGAUGAUGAAAAUUUUGUCAUUGUAAGUUCAAAAAUUGUUUAAAUGAGUGUUACAUACUGUAACUGAAUAUUGUGAACAAGCCUGCAUUCCAGUGUCAUUUUUUUAAAUUGUGGUAGAAGCUUCAGUCAUGAAUGGAAGAUCUCUGAAACUUGCUGUGUGCAACCUGGUUUCCUUACUGUUCUGUGAAGUGUUGUCUCAAAGAAUGUGUCAAUUUUUUCUUAAUUUACCUCCAAUACCAAUUGCCUUAUUUCUGUCUGUUAGGCAUGCUAAUCUGCAAUAAUUGCAGAUAAAAUAUUACGUUACCUCAGAACACGGAGGAGUCAAAUUUCUAGUUGUGACAAAUUAUAUCAAGAGACAUGUUAAUGUUGAUCUGCGAUUAAUUUUUCAGUAUAGUUAUUCUUUGUAUAUUCAGUUCAGACAUACACACACUGACCUGUGUGGAUCUAUUGUGAGAGUAAUCCUGGCAUUAUUAGAUAACAUUUUAUCACAAAAUCUAAAAUGCUUAAAUUGAUGCCACAACUUACAUCCUGUAGAUGUGGGCAGCCUAAGUUGUCUUGUGUAUAUAGGCACAAUGAUAAAAGUGUAGUAGACAUUUUCAUAGUAAGCCGUAUUUUGAUAUUUUAGUUAUAAAGAUGGUGAAUGUGCAUUUGAUGGAAAUAAUGAACUGUCCUUCUAUAAGUGUAUCAUAUUUAAGUUGAAAUUGUGAAUGAUGUGAAAAUAGAAAAGGGGAUAAGUGAAUCAAGACCAAAAAGGUUUUCUCUUGUAGAGACUUGUAAAAAAACAAGCAAAGAAAAUAAACAUCCUGUAAGAAGGCAGUGAUAGAAGAUCAAGACAGAAACAUGCUCAAUUUUAAGCAAAAGACAAAGUUUAUUUGAAGAUAUAAAGGAAUAAAACUGAAAGCAAUAAAAGCAAUAAUUUCAAAAAUUUUUGAGGUUGCUAGUGAGAUACUGAGGCAGGUCAUUUUUACUUUUCUUUAGAAAAUAUGUGCUGUAAAAUAAUCCAGAGCUUGCAAACUCAUUCCUAGCUAUAAUCUUGGUACUAAAAGACUUUUGGAAUUACUGUAAGUCAUACGGUUAAAGGUUACUAAUGAUCAUCAGAGGCAAAAGACAGGUUGAUUCAUUCUUGUAUAAUGUCAAAUCAUGCACACAAUCAGGACCAAGCCCUCCUCUCGAACAGUAUAAGACAUUAGUACUUAACAGAAAUAUUGCCAAACAAAUAUCAUACAAGCACAUAUGAACAGAAAGGAAAAUUUUCUGCUUAUGGAUUUUUUUAUUAAGAGAACUAAGGUUGAAGAUUCUUUUUAAGAAGUGAGCAUAAAAAGUGAAACUUACAAAAAACUUUUAACAGGAGAUUGGAGAACCACUUCACGAAUAAGUUCUCAGUUGCUGAGAAAAUAAUUGAAGCCAUGGAACUAUUAGUUAGACUCUAAAGAUCCAUGGUCUGAAAGAUGGCUGUUCAUGAACUGAGUUUGGUUGUGGAUUAAUUUGAAUACCUUUCAAACCUACCUACUCUCAAUUUCCUUUCCAGCUACUAUAUCUCGGUGGCUUUGUGAGAAGUUGAGACUUAGCAUUAUUUAUUGUAUUGUCUUUUAAGAAGAAACAUAAUUGUUCUCUAGUAUGGCAGUCAGUUAAUGGUAUUUUUUGUAUAGGCUAUGAUGAACAGUAAAGAGGAAAGAAACUGGACGUAUAAAGUUUUGGCAAUAGAGAGGUUGGGAAAAGUAUUAGUAUGUUUGUGCCAAGCCUUUGGGACCAUGGAAUGUACAAGGAAAGGAAAAUUAGAAGCUCAUGAAUAGCCCAUAUACUAAAAAAGUAUUCCUGUGGUGUGAUUUCACGCUGUAUUCUGUUACUUCCAUACGUCAGUAUUGUGUUGGUUAAUAUGAAAAGGAAUUGUAAGGUCUGAAGAGGAUUAUAAUGCCAAUAAUACUGUACUGAUGAUACAUUAACAGAGGAAGAUUGAUAAACGAAGUGUCUUGAUAUACUAAGAAAAUGUAAGCAUAACUCGUAUCUUGUUUUAAUCCUUGGAUAUUGUAGAGAGUUGAAAUAACAAGAAAUGAGCAACAUAGGCAAAUGGGUAAGUAUUGUGCUGUGAUGCUGUGUGUUUAAACUCACGAGGUUUGUGGUAGUUGAGUUUUCUUUUAGAAACUUUUGAUUCGUGUAGUAGGAUUCAUUGAGUUUGGAAUCUAUCUGUAUGUAAUUUGGUCAAGGCAGUGAAGAAAUGCUGCACAAAUUUUGUUGAAUUUUUCCAGCAAUGUUUAUAAGUAGUUUGUGGGUGUUAUAGACCUUUUGCAAUACAAGAGGCCCGUAAACAAAGGAUACUAGGAAGAAGUCUUAAUUUUAGCUUGAUGUACAGAAAUGAGACAAAUUUUCCCACUUCAUGUUGUCCUCCUCUUUACACUUUUUAGGCAUUCUCUCUUGCUCUCUUUUCUGAAAGUAAUGAUUCAUGUGUUGCUCUCUUUUCUGAAAGUAAAGAUUCAUGUGUUGCUCUUUUCUUAAAGUAAGAAUUCAUAUGAAUAUGAGCUAGUGAGUCGUUAAAAUAUUAUUGCAGUUAUUUUGAUAUCAAAGUUAGUUUUCUGAGGAUCAAGCAAAAUGCCAAGUGUAAUUUUGAGUAUGAAAUCUGUGUUUAGAAGCCUAUUUACCCUUUGUAACUUUUCUGAAUAAAUAGUGGUCCAGAUAAAAUGAGGUAUUUGGGUUGGCUAAUCUUGAAUCUGAAUGCAGAAUUGUUAAGACAGUGAAAUUUGUAUGUUCAGAAGGAAACAUUUGUGUUCAAACAUGAAUAUUUUGAAGUAUGUAGAAGAGCUGAUAUAUAGGAUACUAAAAAAAACGGCCUUCAUUUUUCAAGUUUCUUAAUUUAAUUACAUAUGCUUAACCAAGUAGUAGUGAGAUAUGAAGUUACUUAUAAGCAAGAAUGGGGAGAAGUAUUAUGAGAGAUGGAAGGUCUUUAUUGUCAUCUUUGUUAGCAUUAGGUAGAACAUGGCCGUGAAUGAUGUUACAGUAUAUGAAAUUAAAUGCUGUGUCCCGGACCUUAUCGGCCUUUGUGAAGUUGUAAAGUGAGGUUUGAAUCCAAACACUUGUUCUUUGUAUAGUAAAUAUUACAAUACAUAACUAACAACAAUAUUUUGAACUUUAGAUAUGAGUGCAAUGCAUGUUCAGGCGAAAGUCAUCAUUAUCAUUUAGUACCUUCAUGUUUACCUUACACAGUACCCUUUGCUAGAUAUGAGCACAAUGCAUGUUCAGGCGGAAGUCAUCAUUAUCAUUUAGUACCUUUGUGUUCACCUUACACAGUACCCUUCGCAAGAUAUGAACACAAUGCAUGUUCAGGCGGAAGUCAUCAUUAUCAUUUAGUACCUUCGUGUUUACCUUACACAAUACCCUUUGCCUAAAGGACAGCAUUUCAUCAAUUUUUUUUAACGAUAAACUACAUUUGUCUUUCAAAUUUAUAUACUUUCUUCAAUUUUAGUUAAAAGAAAAAAGAUAACUAGAAGUAGAGCAUUGCAACAGUCAAAAGCCACCCAAAACACACAAAUUAAAAAUUUGGUGGUUGUUUAAGGACUGCACUGUGUUGGUAAUGCCUUAAAAUGGAGGUUUUGUCUGCGGUGGCUUACUGCUACAUAACGCUUGUUGUAGUAGAUGAGUGAACACUAUCUUACCUUGUUUAAUUAGUAUUCAGGUAUUACCCAUAAGUUAUUUAUCUUAUGCUGAGAACAUGGUAUCUUAUUUCUGUAUUUGUACUGCCUAGUCUGAAUUUCAAAAGGUAAAAAUUUAGUAGGUAUCUAUGAUACCAAAUAAACAAAAUUUGUUUUGAGUCCUUUACACAAUAUUUUUAUGAAAAAUGGAUGCUUUGCAGUCUGCAGUAUGUUAAAAAAACAUGAGUGAAUAUCUGAUUUUAAAAAACAGCAAAAAAUUUGUUCUUAUAUUCUCUGUUGAUUUUUGUACUAAGGCAUUUAUUUAAUUAAUUUUAUGUUGAAAAUUUUUUUAUUUGUACUUAGGCAUAUAUUUUAUUAAUUUUAUUGAAAAUGUUUGAAUUUUUAUAUUACGCACAACCAUAACUUUAUAUAAGCUAGGCUUGUAUGAAAUUGUGCAUUUGACAUGCUACUGUGCAUGAAUGUCGUUAGUAUGUAGCAUUACCAAGCGUGGCUAAUAAUAUAAUAGUAGUAAUAUUCAGGUAAAUACCAUCUGGACUUGGGCUGUGUAGAAUGCCUAUAGUCUACAGUAAUAUAUCUAAAGGAGACCUAAUGUAUCCAAUAUGCCAUUAAAUAUGGUAGUUUAACUAGUCCACUGCUAGACAAGCUAUGAUAAUGAUAAUGAGAUGACGUAGUAAAUUAAAGGAAAAAUCUGGAGCAUGGAAAAGUGAAGUUGACGAGUCAAGUUUUGAUGAUUACAAAGAGGACAAACAAAAAGUCAGUAAAAAUUGUACUGUAUCUAGUGCAGGUUGGUAACUGUCUCAUAUUAUGUGAAAUUUGACGAGUUAUUUCAGGAGAAAUGAGUUGAUGAUUAGAAUGUCAAGUUAUGGGUGGCAUAACUCGAUUUUCUUUGUAACUUAGAUUGUAAUAAUUAUUCUCGAUGUGCAUCUUGACAGAAAAUAAGAUGUUUAACCAUGGUCAGUUCUAUGUUUCUUCAGCUCUUGUAACAGUUACACUAUAUUAUGUAUAUAUAAAAUGCUAGUGUACCUCAGCAUAAUAUCUAGGACUAUUGCUCAAAGUUUCAUGUGUGUGUGACCAAUGAAUACUUGUGUAAGUUCCCAUAACAAUGUUUUGCAUUUUAUUCUUCCAUCUUAGUUGAACAUACUGUAUAAUAUUGCAUGUGCUGUUCAUUUAUCUUUUCCUUUUCUUUUUCUGUGUCAAAACUACUGAGUUUCCUUGUAAGGUUUCUUACAUUCUUUAUUUUGUUACCAACCUGUAGAAUAAAUCCAUUUUAUAGAACUGGAUUGUACAUUAAUUGUACCCAUGGAUAAUGUUUAUUUAGUAAUGUAUGGAGACUUAAGUACUGUUACUGUACAUCUAUCAACUCCGUAAUGUUUUCUUGAGGGCAUUACUUCAUAGAACUUUCGGGGUAAGGAUAGGAACUGUAUCUGCAGCUGGAUGCAUCAUACAUAUUUAUAACACUUGACCAUGAUUGCACCGCAUGAUUUAAUUCAUGAAAAUUUAUCAUUAUCUGUGAUUAAACAUUAAAAUUAAAUUUCAUUCAUCUAUUUUUGUUAUGGACAAGUAGUCACUUAUAGAUGUGUAUAUUCAUACAUAAAUAUUAUAUACCUUAUAUAUAGACUGACAAUUGCUAUCCAAUAAACUUUUUUAGUACAUGUUAUGCAUAUGAAUGUUUUUUGUACAAGAUUUAAUAAGUAACUCUUUGCUAUUACUGAAAUUGAAUUUGUGGAACUUUAGUUUUUUUUAUUUCUCCAAAUGAUUGACAUCUAAGCUGUUCAAAUAUUAUGGAUUGGCCAUUCUAUAGAAGUCUGAAAUAAAAUUUAGUACGAAGUGUACUAGAUCUGCCAAAA